ACUGACAUGGCACCUCAUACCACUACCUGUAGCCUGACUGUGUCUUUAAAUCCUGUAAAUGAAGCUCCUCUUUGUGAUCCUCUGCUUGUAGCAGGACCAUCUGUCACUGUUCUAGAGACUGUUACGAGUGGUACCUUUGUCUAUAAAUUAACUGCAACAGAUCCUGAUGGAGAUACUUUACAAUAUUCUUUUCUGCCGAGCUCCUCCACCAAUACCACCGCACUAUUUAACCUGGACAACGUGGGUCAGAUUACCACAGCAGCUGCUUUGGAUUUUGAAAAUGGUGACAUGCUUUUCUACGCUGUGAUAUUUAUUAAUGACACAGGAUCUCCAAGCCUCUCUUGCACAGGCACAGUAACGAUCACAAUUACUGAUGUAAAUGAUGAAGUUCCCAUCAUCAGCUCCUGUCCAUCAAGUACCUUAACCCCUAAUGAAGAAAUGGCUGCUGGGACAACAUUGAUCACUUUAUCUGCUUCUGAUGGUGAUAGCAAUGACAACCUGACUUUCAGCUUUGCAGUAAAUGAACCUUCCUUUCAAAUUUCCCAAGUUGGUGAUACUGCAAUAAUCAGCAAUACAUUAAUACUGGACUAUGACAUCGUGUCUGCUGUUACAUUCUAUACAUUGAAUGUGGUCGUUACAGACCUGGGAGGGAACCAAGCAAUGUGCAACCUGAAUGUUUCAUUGAUUCCCAUCAAUGAAGCCCCGAUAUGUGAUGCUGUAUUUACAGGAGGGACAGGACCUUCUGUCACAAUUCCCGAGACUACUGCUGUUGGUGUCUCUGUCUAUAAGUUAACUGCAUCAGAUCCUGAAAAUGGUAAUUUACAAUAUUCUUUUCUGCCGAGCUCCUCCACCAAUACCACCGCACUAUUUAACCUGGACAACGUGGGUCAGAUUACCACAGCAGCUGCUUUGGAUUUUGAAAAUGGUGACAUGCUUUUCUACGCUGUGAUAUCUAUUAAUGACACAGGAUCUCCAAGCCUCUCUUGCACAGGCACAGUAACGAUCACAAUUACUGAUGUAAAUGAUGAAGUUCCCAUCAUCAGCAACUGUCCAACAAGUACCUUAACCCUUAAUGAUGAUGUGGCUCCUGGGACAUUACUGACAACUUUAUCUGCCUCAGAUGGUGACAGCUUUGAUAAUCUGAUUUUUGGAUUUGCAGCAAAUGAAUCUUCAUUUCAAAUUUCCCAAGUUGGAGACACUGCAAUAAUCUCCAAUACAUUCACACUGGACUAUGACCAUGGGUCUGUGGCCUCGUUCUAUACGUUAAAUGUGUUAGUUACAGACCUGGGCGGGAACCAAGCAACGUGCAACCUGAACGUUUCAUUGAUUCCCAUCAACGAAGAUCCAAUAUGCGAAUCUAUAUUUACAGCGGGGACAGGACCAUCUGUUGCUCUUCCAGAGACUAUUACUAUUGGUGCCUCUGUCUAUAAGUUAACUGCAACUGAUCCUGAUAAAGAUCCUUUACAAUAUUCUUUUCUGUCAAGUUCCUCCACAAGAACCACUGCACUAUUUAACCUGGACAACGUGGGUCAGAUUACCACAGCAGCUGCUUUGGAUUUUGAAAAUGGUGACAUGCUUUUCCACGCUGUGAUAUCUAUUAGUGACACGGGAUCUCCAAGCCUCUCUUGCACAGGCACAGUAACGAUCACAAUUACUGAUGUAAAUGAUGAAGUUCCCAUCAUCAGCAACUGUCCAACAAGUACCUUAACCCUUAAUGAUGAUGUGGCUCCUGGGACAUUACUGACAACUUUAUCUGCCUCAGAUAGUGACAACAGUGAUGGACUGACUUAUAGCUUUGCAGUAAAUGAUCCUUCCUUUCAAAUUUCCCAAGUUGGAGACACUGCAAUAAUCACCAAUACAUUCACACUGGACUAUGACAAUGUGUCUGUGGCCAUAUUCUAUACAUUAAAAGUGGUCGUUAAAGACCUAGGAGGGAACCAAGCAAUUUGCACCCUGCGUAUUUCAUUGAUUGCAGUCAAUGAAGAUCCAAUAUGUGAUGCUGUAUUUACAGCAGGGACAGCAUCAGUCGAUAUUAAUGAGACAAAUGAUGACCUAACAGCCAUCUACCAGGUUUCUGCAACAGAUCCAGAUUUUGAGGACUCUUUAACAUUUGACAUCAAAUCCCAGACAUCAAGUCCAGUUACAGGAGGAAAUUUCUUCAGUAUUGAUUCAGGAACAGGAAUUGUCUAUCAAAAUUCUUCAAUGUCACUGGAUUAUGAUUCAGGAUACCAUGUCUUCAAGUUGGAAAUUACAGUGAAAGACAAAGGAAUCCCAGCUCCACAAAAAUCCUGUGAAGGAACUCUGACCAUUAACAUCAUUGAUGAGAAUGAUGAACUUCCUAUUGUAAGCCUUGAAAAUCCAAUCAAUAUCACAGAUGAUAUUCUGAAUGGAACAGUGGUACUGCAGAUGAAUGCUACUGAUAAGGAUGCUGGUGAUAUUGUAUCUUUCAAAUUAGCUAGUCCAUCUGAUGAGUUUUCCAUUGAUCCAGUCACAGGGAUCUUGACAACAAUAAAAGUUUUAGAUUAUGAUAGCAGCACUACACAACGAUCCUAUUCACUCCAAGUGUUUGCCAUUGACAAGGGUUUCAAUACUGUCACAGUGACACUGACUAUAUUAUUACAACCUGUCAAUGAACCUCCAGUGUGUACAUCUCCAGCAUUUGUGCAGGGAACAGCCACAGUGAACAUUGAUGAGAACUACCCAAAUCUGAAGUCCAUCUACCAAGUUACUGCGACAGACCCUGAUGUAGAGGAUUCAAUGACAUUUAGUAUUGAUUCCCAGGAGUCUAGUCCUGUUAUAGGAGGAUAUUUGUUCAGCAUUGAUCCUGAUACUGGAAUCGUGUUCAGAAACUCUACAAUAGCAUUAGACUAUGACAACACAUAUCAUCUUUUCACACUAAAGAUUGUGGCAAAUGAUGAAGGAAGUCCCCCUCCACAGAUGUCAUGCAAAGGAACUCUGACUAUAACAGUUAAUAAUUUGAAUGAUGAAGCACCUAUAUUUACUCCAAUCCCCUCGGACACAAUUCAUGUAAAAGAGGAAGUGUUUAUUGGUACUCUGCUGGUGAAGAUGGAAGCUUCUGACCUGGAUGAAAGUGAUAAUGUUUCCUUUGAGUUUAUUGAUCCUCAACCUUUUUUCUCAAUAGACAUUGAUUCUGGCGAUAUCACUUCACAGAUGCGGCUAGACUAUGACAGCCCUGAUGUUGCAAAAGUCUAUUUGUUACCCAUUAGAGCAUACGAUAACAAUCAGACACACUCGUCUACUUACACUCUGACAGUGUCAGUGGAUAAUGUGGAUGAAGCACCUGUCUGUGACCCUGCAUUCGCUGUGGGAGCAGGUGUUUCUCUUGUUAUUCCUGAGAAUUUUCCCACUUCUGCAUCAGUCUAUCAGAUCCUUGCUGCUGACCCAGAUGUCAAUGAUUCUAUUACAUACAGUAUUACCGAUGAAACUGCAGGAACUGCUCAGUUUUUCACUCUGGACGCCAACACUGGAUUGAUUUCCAGAAGUUCAGUUUCACCGUUAGAUUAUGAAGAUGGUUUGACGAGGUUUCAGAUGAAAGUCAUAGUAGCUGAGAUUGGAAAGAGUACCCCUAAUUCUUGCACUGGCUCCAUUACAAUUAAUCUCGAAAAUCUCAACGAUGAAUCACCUUUAUUCAGUGCAAUCUCACCAAAUCCAUUAACCAUUAAUGAAGGUCUACCCAAAGGAACAUUGAUAGUAAAAGUUGAUGCCACAGACAAGGAUGCAGAUGAUGUCAUUUACUAUGAGUUUGUGAAAACCUAUGCUGGCUUCCUGAUUGAAGAAGACACAGGUGAGGUCAAAAUGGCUUAUCCCCUGGAUUAUGAUGAUACCAACACGCCGACCACUUCAGUACUGGAAAUAAGAGCUUAUGAUUUAGACAGGGUUCAUUCCUCCACAGCCACACUGACAGUCCACAUUACUGACAUUAAUGAUAAUCCUCCUCAGUGCUCCAGAUAUCUCUAUAUUCUUGAACUUUUGGAAACCGUCCGAGAAGAUACGCCAGUUGUGACAUUGAACUGCUGGGAUAAUGACAGAACGGCAGCUAACAAUAUCCUGAAGUACACAAUGAUUCCAGAUAAAUAUUCAUCAGGAAGGUUUAAUCUUGCUGACAAUGAAAUAACUAUUGGGAGGUCACGUUUGCAAUAUGAUGAUAGCUCAUUUGCCGCAGCUAAUUUUCAACAUGAAAUACUUGUUAAAGUAGAGGACAAUGGCAUCCCUCCAUUAACAAGCACCUCCACAGUUAUAGUGAAGGUCAUACGAGUGAAUGAGGAGUAUCCUUUUUCUUUUUCAAGAAUAUUUAAUAUUUUUGAAGAUAGCCCCAUUGGAGCUCUGGUUGGAACAGCAACAUUUACUGAUGGUGACUUACCAAAUAACAGAAUGAAAUAUUCUAUUGUGGGAGGCAACAGUGAUGUUCCACCUAAGUUUUAUAUUGAACCAAACUCAGGUCGGAUACGACUUCUAAAUGUACUGGAUAGAGAAACUCAAGAUACUUAUACCCUCACAAUUGGAGCACAGGACAUGAAUAAUGAUCCACAGCCUGCUCGAUGGAGGCGGAAACAAGGCUCAACUAUAGUAACUGUUAAUGUCAUGAACGUGAAUGAUGAGCCACCAGUGUGUGACCCAGAUUAUUAUGAGCAAACCGUCUACUCUACCAUCACAGUCCCCUUCAUCCAGCUGCAAUGCUCUGACAAAGACUCACCUGAUCAUGAACUCGCCUACUCAAUUGUGGGAGAAAACAUGCAAAAUCUGUUUGAGCUUCAGAGGCCAGACAGCAAUCCUGCAAAGGUGGCCUCCACGCAGAGAUUUCAGUUUAAUGUUUUUCAAGGCAUUGAACAUCCCAGGGACUACACCCUGCUGAUCCAAGUGACAGAUGAGUUUGGUCAGGAUAAACAUCAGCAACUGACUUCGACAGCAACUGUUGUGAUACAUGUAGUGCCAUGGACAACCACUCAACCUACAACAUCCAACGUUACAGAGUUCCCCAACAGAGUGUUGACAUUAACCUCCUUUAACUGGAGUCCAGAGGGAUGGUUUGUUGCAGUGCUGACUCUUGUUGGAGCUCUGACAGUGCUUAUUGUUUCUGGUAUAGCCUGGCUAUACUACCAAAAGGCUCAAUCAGUCACAAACCAACCAAGAUCUAUUCUAAAGCAGUCUCAACUCCCAGAAAAACAAGACGAGGUAUUGUUUGAUGGACAAGCAAAAGACCCAGUUUCAGGAAACUGGUACAUGUAUAACAGUGAGACAGGGCAGCGGAAAUGGAUGAACAAUGUGUAAACACCAUGGAAUUUACUGGGUGAUGAGAUCAUUUUCUCCCAUAAUGGCUACAGACAAACUACAGACAAACAUUCCUGAAGAAGGGCUCAUGCCCGAAAUGUCGAUUCUCCU